GUUUGCACAAGCCGGUGACGUAGGCGACUGGAGCGCGGGGAGGAACUUGCAGCUGGGCACUUGCUGCUCCGUGCCCGCCGGAGAUGGGCCCCUGGCUGCCCACCAAGGAGGAGAAGUAUGGCAUCGCCGUGUGGAACUUCCCGGGCUCCAACGCGCAUCACCUGCCGCUGCAGAUCGGGGAGGCCGUGCACAUCCUGCAGGUGUCGGAGGGCUGGUACCGAGGGUAUUCGCUCAGGAACCGGGCUGCCCAGGGCAUCUUCCCGGUCUCGCUCAUCCACCUCAAGAGCGCCUAUGUGGAACGGAGGGGGGCAGAGGAGACGGUGGUGCCGUCGGAGAUGCCGCUGGUGCAGGAGAUCACCACCACGCUGCGGGAGUGGGCCACCAUCUGGAAGCAGCUCUACGUGGCAGGGCAGAAGGAGCACUACAAGCAGGUGCGGAGGAUGAUGUGCGAGCUGAUGGAGCGGCGCUCGCAGCUGCUCUCAGGGACGCUGCCCAAGGACGAGCUCCUGGAGCUCAAGAAGGAGGUGACCAGCAAGAUCGACUACGGCAACAAGAUCCUGGAGCUGGACCUGGUCGUGCGGGACAAGGACGAGAACAUCCUGGACCCCGACAGGACCAGCAUCAUCAGCCUCUUCCAGGCCCACAAGCGGGCCACGAGCCUCAUCAGCGAGCGCAUCCAGGAGAUGAGCUCCCAGCACGGCGAGCUGGGCCUCAGCACCCGCCUGGCCUCCGCGCCCUGCCACAGCCUCUACCUCUGCGUCCGCAACUUCGUCUGCAACAUUGGGGAGGAGGCGCAGCUCUUCAUGGCGCUCUACGACCCCGCAGAGCAGCGCGUGAUCAGCGAGAACUACCUGAUCCGUUGGGCCAGCACCGGGGUCCCCCAGGACAUCGAGCUGCUCAACAACCUCAAGGCCGUCUUCACGGACCUGGGCAGCAAGGACCUGAAGCGCGAGAAGCUCUUCCUGGUGUGUCAGAUCAUCCGGGUGGGACGCAUGGACCUGCGGGACGUGCACACGCGCAAGCUGAGCACGGGUUUGCGGCGGCCCUUCGGCGUCUCGGCGAUGGACAUCACAGAUAUCAUCAAGGGGAAAUGCGAGAGUGACGAGGACAAGCAGCACUUCAUUCCUGUGCACCUGGUGGCAGCGGAGAACGAUUUCCUUCACAGCCUGGUCAAGAAAGCGGUGGAGGGGAAGGAGAUCAACCACAAAGGCCAAGGGUUCUGGGUGUCCCUGAAGAUGCUGUGGGGGGACCUGACGCAGGUGCGGAAGGACCAUCCUCACCUGGUGGACCGCCACACGGUCGUGGCCCGCAAGCUGGGCUUCCCAGAGAUCAUCAUGCCAGGGGAUGUCAGGAACGACAUUUACCUCACGCUGGUGCAGGGCGAAUUCGACAAGGGCAGUAAGAAGACCCAGAAGAACGUGGAGGUGACCAUGUGUGUCUGCGAUGAGGCUGGAGCCGUGAUGCAGAACGUCAUUUACCAGGGCGCGGGGGACAAGCCGGCGAGCGAGUAUCGAUCCGUGGUGUAUUACCAGCAGCGGCAUCAGCGGUGGAUGGAGACAGUGAAGAUUGCAGUCCCCAUUGAGGAUGUCCACCGGACCCACCUGAGAUUCACCUUCAGGCAUCGCUCCUCCAGCGACUCGAAGGACAAAAGCGAGAGGGUUUUCUCCAUGGCCUUUGUGAAGCUGAUGAGACCCGACGGCACGACCCUGCAUGAUGGGGAGCACGACCUUAUCCUGUACAAGGGUGACAGCCGGAAGCUGGAGGAAGCCAGCUGCUACCUGCACCUGCCUUUCACCGGAAGCGUGUCCGAGGCAAAGGCCCUGUCUGGUGCCUCUUUCCGAGUGAGCGGCAGCAUGGCUGGCAUAAGCGUGUCUUCCCGGGACAGCUUCCAGAUCUCUACCCUCGUCUGUUCCACGAAGCUGACCCAGAACGUUGACCUGCUCGGGCUGCUGAAGUGGAAGUCAAAGCCAGAGCUCCUGGCUGGAAACCUGCAGAAGCUGACGAAUGUGGACGGAGGGGAAGUCAUCAAGUUCCUGCAGGACACCCUGGACGCCUUGUUCUCGAUCAUGAUGGAGUAUGCGGAGACCGACAUCUAUGACACGCUCGUCUUCGAUGCCCUUGUUUUCAUCGUGGGGCUCAUUGCUGACAGGAAGUUCCACCACUUCAAUGCCGUCCUGGAGGCCUACAUCCGGCAGCACUUCAGCGCCACGCUGGCCUACAAGAAGCUGAUCUCCGUGCUCACGCAGUACGUGGACGCAGCUGGCCGAGGGGAGCCCUGCGACCCGCUCAUGCUCACGUUCAAAGCCCUGGAAUACGUCUUCAAGUUUGUCGUGCGAUCCAGGCAGCUCUACGCUCAGCUCUACGAAGGGAGUAAGACGGAGGAGUUCCAGGCGUCGCUGCAGCGGUUCCUGCUGUCCGUCAACCAGCUGAUGAAGUCCACGCAGGAGGGGGCCACGCUGGACUUCCAGGAGGCUGCUCUGAAGUACUUGCCUUCCAUCCUGGAGGACGUGUUCGGGAUCUUCGACAGCUCCGUGCUGGGGGGCUUGCUUCGGGAUUUCAUCGGGAACCUGCCACCCCAGCGCCUGCUCAAGCAGAAGCUCCAGUCCUUGACAGACAUAGUCAACAGCAAGAUCUUCCAGUCCUAUGAGUGCCGGGAGCUGCUCCUACACAUGGCGGUCCCCAUCCUGGAGGAGAUGAUCAAGAUGGGGGAGGAGGAGGAGGCCUGCAUCGACCUGCUCAGCAACACCCUGGAGGUGCUCUACAAAGCCGAGAAGAGAGCAGAAGAGCGGAGGGCGCGGCAGAGCACGCAGGAGACGCAGCGCUGCGGGGAGGAGGACACGGAGCUGGGGAGGGUGAAGAGACACGUCAAGAUGAUCCUGGAGAGGCUGCUGCGCACCGUCAACUGCCGGGUGAUUGUCCUGGACCGGGAGCACGGCCUGCGAAGUCACUAUGUGGCCUGCAUGGCCGCCAUCCUGAACCAGAUGGACGAGGCCCACUACAGCGCCUAUAUCCAGGCCUUCCCCACCCGGUCAGACCUCAUGGACUUCCUCAUGGAGACCUUCAUCCUCUUCAAGGACCUGAUUGGCAAGACGGUGUACCCCUCCGACUGGACCGUCAUGAACAUGGUGCAGAACCGGGAGUUCCUGCGAGCCAUCAACCACUUCGCCGAGACCCUGACCUCCAUGUUCCUCAACAGCAACAGCUUUGAGCUGCAGCUCUGGAACAACUACUUCCACCUGGCCGUCGCCUUCCUCACGCAGGAGUCGCUGCAGCUGGAGAAUUUCUCGCAAGCGAAGCGCACCAGCAUCCUGGCCAAGUACGGGGACAUGAGAGCCACGAUCGGAGCUGCCAUCCGGGACAUGUGGUACAACCUCGGUUACCGCAAGAUCGAGUUCAUCCCGGGCAUGGUGGGCCCCAUCCUGGAGAUGACGCUGGUACCUGAGCUGGAGCUGCGCAGAUCCACCAUCCCCAUCUUCUUCGACAUGAUGCUGUGCGAGUACCAGCUGACCGCGACCUUUCGCAUGUUUGAGGAUGAGAUCCUGCGCAAGCUGGACAGCGAGGUGGAGGGCGGCCGCGGCGACGAGCAGUAUAAGCAGCUCUUCCGGAGCAUCCUGCUGGACUGCUGCUGGGAGCACCCCGAGCUGGCCGGGCUGGGCGAGAGCUUUGUGGCGCUGGUGACCGGCCUCCUGCAGCGGCUGCUGGACUACCGGGCCGUCAUGAACGACGAGAACAAGACCUACAGCAUGAGCUGCACCGUCAACCUGCUGAACUUCUACAAGGAGAUUGACCGGCAGGCCAUGUACAUCCGGUACCUGUACAAGCUCAAGGACCUGCACGUCAGCUACGAGAACUACACAGAGGCGGCCUACACCCUGCUGCUGCACGCCCAGCUGCUCAAGUGGUCAGACGAGCCAAACACGGCGCCCACGCAGGCCCUGCACGGCCGCAGCCUCCACACGCAGCGCCAGCUCAAGGAGGCGCUUUACAACCAGAUCAUCGACUACUUCGACCAGGGCAAGAUGUGGGAGGAGGCCAUUCACAUCUGCAAGCAGCUGGCGGCGCAGUACGAGAGCGAGGUCUUUGACUACGAGAUGCUCAGCGACAUCCUGGUGAGGCAGGCCAAGUUCUACGAGAAGAUCCUGAAGGUGCUGCGGCCCAACCCCGAGUACUUUGCCGUGGGCUACUACGGGCAAGGCUUCCCGCCGUUCCUGAGGAACAAGGUGUUCAUCUACCGGGGCAAGGAGUACGAGCGCCGCGAGGACUUCGAGCUGCACCUGCUGAGCCCCUUCCCCAGCGCCGAGAAGCUGCAGAGCACGGCCCCGCCAGGGCCCGACAUCACCGACUCUCCCGGCCAGUACAUCCAGUGCUUCACCGUGCAGCCGGUCGAGGAGCCCAGCGAGCGCUUCAAGGACAAGAACGUCCCCGAGCAGAUCCUCAACUUCUACAAAGCCAACCACAUCCAGAAGUUCAGCUACUCCCGGCCCUUCCGGAAGGGCCCCAAGGACCCGGACAACGAGUUUGCGACCAUGUGGAUCGAAAGAACAACCUUCACAACGGCCUACCCGCUGCCCGGCAUCCUACGCUGGUUCGUGGUCAUCUCCACCGUCACGACCAACAUCAGCCCCCUGGAGAACGCCAUUGAGACCAUGAGGAAAACCAACGAGAAGAUCCUGGCCGAGAUCCAGCGGCACCAGGCGGAGCCCGGGCUGCCCGUCAACCCGCUCUCCAUGCUGCUCAACGGCAUCGUGGACCCUGCCGUCAUGGGUGGCUUCGCCAAAUACGAGACGGCCUUUUUCCAGGAGCGCUACCUGCAGGAGCACCCCGAGGACCAGGGCAGCAUCGACAGGCUGAAGGACCUGAUCGCCUGGCAGGUCCCGCUCCUGGCCGAGGGCAUCCGCAUCCACGGGCGGAAGGUGAGCGAGGACUUGCGGCCCUUCCACGAGCGCAUGGAGCAGUGCUUUGCCCAGCUGUGCGCCAAGGUGGAGAGCCAGUACGGCACACGGGACCUGCCCUUCCUGGAGGAGCGGCGAGGUGGCCGCCCGCGCUCCACACUGCGCUGCCCGGAGCCGGACAAGCCCAGCCGCCCACACGACAGCACCGAGACCUUGCAGCUGAGGAAGCCGGUGCUGCGCGGCCCCGAGCGCCCGCCCGAGCCCGAGGAGCGCCGGAGCGAGCGCCGGGAGAGCCGCGGCAGCGCCUUCUUCGGGUACCGGCGGCAGGAUCAGCGCCAGUCUGUGUCGGAGUCGCUGGAUGCCAAGGACGACAAGCGGAGGCAGUCCCGGAACGUGAGCGAGAGCGGCCCGGGCAGCGCGGACGGGAGGCAGCCCCUGCCCAGCCGGGACCCCAGCGCCACAGGUGUGCUGGGCUCCCCAACAGGCUUCGGCGGACGGGUGAAGAGCGCCAGCCGGGCCCCGCCACUGCCCAAGAAGAUCAGCCCCACCGUGUACGAGACCUUCCUGGAGCCCAGCGACAGCCCCGGCCCGGGGAAGCCGCCGGAGGGGAGCAAAGCGCUGAAGUCUCCGCCACCGCCGCCCCCCAAGGUCAAGCGCAUGUCCCAACUCUGAGGCCGCCUGGGACAGGGUGACCGCAACCGUGACCGCCACUGCCACCGCACCAGUGCCUGCUCCUGC